AUGAGCGGGGACCUGAGCUUGUCCCAAGCUCUGGGCGGGCUGCGUAUAGCCAACCCCGACGACAUUGCGCAGGCAUCCUCAAAUGCAUCAGAUCCUAAUGCGAACACGCCCAAGACGACAGAGGGAGCUAUCUUGACCAGCGACGGUGGUCCCUUGGCAAAGUCGCUCCCCGAAACCACGCCGACGCAACCGCAACCGCAGCCCGAACUGUCCAGAUACGCAACGGCAGACAGCGUCCCCUCACGACAACACAGCCAAAGCGCUGCAUACGAACCACAUGGUAUACCCCGACAGUCAUCGGUGGCCUCGCAGAAUAGAGCUCUGCCGCCGCGAGGAAGUUCGAAAGGGAUGGGUCGAGGAUAUACGCAGAUGCCUGGAGGCCCGGCAGCGCCUCUAGCUGUGGACGGCCCUAUGCCCACCACGAGUGCGGAAUGGCAGGAAAGAGGCGCAGCUGUGGGCAUCCGUCGUGAAGUGGAUGCCAACGGGCGAACCGUGGUCCGGCAAGUCAAGAAAGGAGUCCGUGAUUUCUCGUUUGGCCGUGUGCUAGGCGAAGGGUCAUACAGUUCAGUCUAUCUGGCUACCGACCGUCAGACUCUGAAGGAGUACGCUAUCAAGGUUUUGGAGAAGCGGCACAUCCUCAAGGAAAAGAAGGUCAAAUAUGUCAACAUUGAGAAGAACACACUCAACAGACUCACUGAGCAUCCUGGUAUAGUGCGGCUCUACUAUACCUUUCAGGACGAAACAUCUCUCUACUACGUUCUCGACCUAUGCAAUGGAGGGGAGCUUCUUGGUGUUUUGAAAAGGACGGGAACAUUUGAUAUCGAAUGCACCCGCUUCUACGGAGCUCAGAUCCUGGACGCAAUCGAAUACAUGCAUUCGCGUGGGGUCAUUCACCGCGACCUGAAACCGGAAAACGUUCUUCUCGACGACGCAAUGCACGUCAAAAUAACAGAUUUUGGAACUGCCAAGCUACUGCCAGACCCUCGCGAAGCUCAAAAACAGCAAGAUCCUUCAGCAAGGGGGAUGCCAGACCCUGGUAGGCGGGAGGCUGAGGAGGACAGCCGCGCGGCUUCCUUUGUGGGUACGGCUGAGUAUGUGAGCCCGGAAUUGCUUACGAACAAAAGUGCCUGCAAAGCCAGCGAUCUUUGGGCCUUUGGUUGCAUCGUCUAUCAAUUGCUGGCAGGCCGACCACCCUUCAAGGCGGGCAGCGAGUACUUGACCUUUCAGAAGAUUGUGAACCUGGAAUACGAGUUUCCUGCCGGCUUUCCCAACGCAGCCCGUGACCUGGUCGAGCGGUUGCUGGUGUUGGAUCCUGCGCGCCGGUUGACAAUUGAGCACAUUCGCAAUCAUGAGUUCUUUGAUGGACAGCCAUUUGGCGUGGGCCUCUGGCGUGCCAAGGCACCUCGUCUUCGCCCUUAUGUGCCACCAACUCCUGAGCCAACAGUGAUCCAACUUAACGGGGGCCCUCAUUCCAGCACACCACAACAGCCGCCGCAACACCGCCAACCCGCAACGAACCACUCGACUCCGUCCAAUGGCGCGAAUAGGUCAAUGGCCCGUCUCAUCACUGAGCUUCCGCCGCCUACACAGCUCGAUAUCGAGUGGUCCCCGGUGCUCACUAAGCCGCAUGAGAGGAUACUGAAGCUCGGGGACUUGAUGGUAGUCUCGACUCCCCUGCCCUCGGGAGCAAACGGGAAGGGAGAAGAAGGACACAAGAAACUAUCACGAUUCUUCGGGGGAAGCACAACCAAGAAGCGCCAGCGUCUCGUCAUCAUAACGUCGAGCGGCCGCAUAAUCAUGGCGCCCGCCGGAGGUGAAGAUAAGCGCACCAAGCAAGAGUUAUCUUUGAUGGGUUCCGAUUGCGCGUGGAGGACACAGCACGACGCAAAGGGCCAACUGGUUUGGUGUGUUGACACUGGCGGCAACCAUUACACGUUUGAAGACAACAAAAAUGCCACGAGCUCCGACGACAAGAGAGCGUCUGCCGAGGAGUGGAUUGAAUGCAUUGAACGAGCCAGGGACUAUGCCAUUAUGCAAUCCCAGAGCGUCAACAACUCUUAUCAUAGCGAGCCUGGCUACUCGUCCGCCAUGUCGAGCCCAUCGGGUACUCUCGCUGGGCUAAGCGGCAGCAACCUCGAUCAGUAUGGCGCUACCAGUGACCGCUAUGGGCGCAGUCAUCUCGGCAAGAGUCAGGCCAGCCUGGAUGAUCCCAGCCCAGUCCCCGAACGCAAGCGUAAUCGGUUCAGCAAGCGACAAUCUCGUAACGGCCUCGAUUCGGCAUUUUGA